AUGCCCACUCCUCUCACCCCCAGCUAUCUCUUUGAUCCAGUUCAAGUGCCCUCCCCUGGUUUCGUCAACGAAGUCAACAACUGCAGGUUGGAGGAGGAUGACACUGUCAGACUAAAAGGCACCCAGAACAGUGAGGUUGAGGUGCCCAGGAAUGCCCUGCAUGGUGGGAGCCUGACCAAGACGGAGAACAGAGACGGUACAGCUGGUCUACCUCACCAAGGCCCGCUCCCUCAGGAGGACUCGGAAGAGAGACACUGUGCGGAGAAGCAUGGUAUUGUCAAUGGUAUCAGCCCCACUGCCACUCUGCAUUUGGUCAGGAGUCCCAGGCCGCACCCGGUUGACGGUGUCUCCUGGGCCAGCAGCUCCUGGGCAGGCACCGUAGACGGCACUCACCCAACUCAACCCUUCCUUGAAGGAGAGGACUGCAGGAAGCAGAGCUGCACCGUGCCCACCUCGGAAGAGACCCAGAUGGUGGGACGCGGAGACUGCAGGGCCCCUGCUGAGGUCUUGGCAGGGGCAGACCACGUCCUACACAUACCAGCCCCGGAUUACCCCCAGCUCUGGAGCCCCACACUAGACCAUGCAGACCCUGAAGAAAAGGAUUGUCUUUUUGAGAACCACUCUGAGGUGGAGCCCCUGCCGGGAAUUCACCCCAGGGUGAGUGAGCAAGGUCUGAGCCUGCCCUUCUCCCUGAAGAGAAGCUGGGACUCCCUGAAUGAGGCGGUGACUACGGAAGUUCUGAAUGUCUACUUUAAAGAGGAGGGUCCCACUCACCCCCCGCCAGCGGUUGAUUGUCGAAAUGAGCCGGAAGUCCCCCACACCUACAAUGAGGACAGAGAUGGGGUGGUGGUAGAUGAGGACGCUGAGGUAGCCGAAGCCCUGGCAGCAUUAGAAGCUGCGACUGCAGGAGAAGAUGCAGAGGAGGCAGAUUAGGGUGAGCUGCAGUCACACUGAGCAGACAGAGAGAGGCGAAUGGACGGGCCGAGCUAACCACUCUGCAGGCGUGCCCAGGCAGCCUCACCAGCCGCACCACGUGUUUACAUCCGUUCUCUUCCCAUCGCCAGGACCUGCGCCACCCUGCCUGCCUGCCUGCCGUGUGCAGCAUCCCUCUGGGUAGCUGGACCCUGAUUCAGAACGCUAGGAUCAAAGUCAGCGUGGGCCUCCGUGUCCAGGUCCACCACACAUGCAGAAGUUAAGCAGCUUGCUUGCCGGCCCUGGAAGCUCCCCCAGAACAUCUGUCCAGAUGUGCAUGAGAAUGCCCUGAUAUCCCCACACCUGAUCCCAGGGGGGCACACAAAUAUGGGCCAUGCUGUUUGAAUGUAUUUCUUUACCUUGUUUUUGAGAGCCAAAUAAUUCACCCAACCUAGAAAGGGUAACUACCCACUUAAAGUGCCUACUGUGCGCCAGAGCUUAACUUCAGGGACAGUCACCCAGGGAUCUACUAACUAACCACUUGUUGAAUGUCAGGUUAAGCUUUGUGGCCUUUGGGGUGGGACAGAUGUGACCAGUGAACCAAUGGUUAGGCCUCAGCUGUGCUAUGAAAACACCUUGACCUUAACUUUUUUUACACUAUUACUUUUUAAUCUCCUUUGGGAUGCGGGAGGCUGGCCAAACUACUUCUUAA